AGUUGCUAUUCACUUAUCAACGACAGUCACUAUUUAUAUCGUUAUCGUGUAGUUUGACAGGAAACCAGGCGGGCGAACAUUGACUUUCUCAGAAAUUGUGGUUGUGUGGAACAUGCUAGGGUCAUGGUGGCUCAAUUUGAAUAAGAAGAAUAGGAAUCGCUAAGUAGGGUUGAAAAGCAUUGAAAACACGACAACCAAGUUAGUUAAUUGCCAUGGAAGGGGAUCUUUAUGUCGACCUGGAUAAAGUGUUGUACGUGACUGGCUACAGGGGACCAUACCAGAUAAAACAGUCUAUUAUAUGCCUUUUAGCGAGUUUCAGCAUUGCCAUACCAAUUCUAUCUAUAGUUUUUAUUGGAUAUGUACCGAAACAUCGUUGUGCUGCCUUGCCUAAUGUAACCUUCCUCCAUGAUUUUGAUAUCAACCCUGAUCAUGUAGUAGACGUGAAGAUUGGUCAAUGUUCUUUGGGUAUCACAACUAAUGUCUCUGGGAUUGCGUCGCAUGUAGAACUACCCUGUGUCAAUGGAUUUCAUUAUGAUGUUGCUAGGGAGACAUCUAUAGUAUCGGAGUGGGAUUUGGUGUGUGACCGAGCUGGUUUAGCCGAGUUAAGUCAAACAAUGUUGAUGCUAGGACAAGGUAUUGGUGCCUGUGUUUUCACAUCUUUGGCUGAUAGAUAUGGAAGGAAACCAGUCAAUAUGGUUUGUCAGCUAAUACUGAUUGUAGCAUCUAUAGGCUUGGCCUUUAUUAAUAAUAUUGGAGGAUUCACAGCCCUUAGAUUUAUUAUUGGUGCUGCUCAAGAGGGUCUUAGUUUGACAGCCUAUUCCAUAUUUGUGGAGAUGUGCACUACUAACAUAAGACCAUUUGCUGGUUUUACUGGUGGGUUAGCUUGGACUACUUCUAUUAUGAUGCUUGCUCCUCUGGCCUACUUGAUGCAGAAUUAUAGCUGGAGAUACUUUCAAUUAGCAACUGUGGCGGAAAUAAUAUAUGGGUUAGCUAUUUAUUGGAUAUUUGACGAAUCUCUACGAUGGUUGGUUGCCAACAAUAAAAUAGCCAGAGCUGAAGCUACAAUAAAGAAAAUUUGCAAAGCAAACAAAACGGACUUUGAAAAAGCAAAAGCUGUCCUUUACGAACAAAUUGUAGAGUGUAAGCGAGCAGCCGCUAAGAGCAAACACCACCACGAGUUGGUACCAACUAUAGCAAAGGAUGAACAAGUCAAUCUCAUAGAGAACAAUGGUAGUCCAUCUGCAGGAGAAACAGCUUUGUCCGGUAUGGUGGAACCCGCGAAAUAUACAGUACUGGACAUACUGAAGCACCGCGACAUUCUUAAAAUCACAACCAUCCUUAGUUUUAUUUGGGCUGUAAAUAGUUUGACAUAUUAUGGCUUAUUCUUGACCUCAUCUUCAAUGUCUGGUAACAGAUUCCUCAAUUAUUUUCUUAAUGCACUGGUCGAGAUCCCGUCUAUGUUCGUAGUUUUCUUUUCAUUAAAACGUAUUGGCAGAAGAACACUUGGUGUGUUGUUACAUGCUUUAAGUGGCUCAACAUUAAUUAUAUCUGUGACCUUAGUGGCUACAGUAGGAACUACCUCUGCUGGAUCUAUAGGAAGUGUGAUAUUCUCUCUUGUGGGAAAGUUCGCAAUCACAGCUUCUUACAACUGUCUAUUUGUAUUCACUCCAGAAUUAUUUCCCACAAAUAUGAGGAAUGCUGGUAUAGGUAUAUCGUCAGCUGUAUCAAGAGUUGGUGGAAUCGUAAGCCCCUUUGCAGCAACAUUGAGUCAGAUUAUAAUUUGGGGACCAGGGGUGGUGUUUGGUUCAUGCUGUGUUUUGGCAUCUAUGUUGUUUUUCCUGCUACCAGAGACAAGAGGAAGGGAGUUACCUACCACAAUAGCUGAAAUGAGAGAAUGGAGUAAACAGAAAGAACAAGUUUCAGAAAUAUGUUUAGAAAAAAAAACAAUGAUGAUACAAUAAAUUCCCCGUAUUGUAUAUAUUGAUCAAUAUUAAAAGUCCACUGCGUUUAUUUCAUAUUUUUUAUUACGUAAACUUUUUUAGAAGGCCAGAUUCGCGCAGACAUUAGUCGCGUGUACUUAGCCUGCUCAUCGCACGCGUAUCACACCUGGGAAAUCCUAACAUAAUGACGUAUCUGCGUCUGUAUGAGAUGGAUCCUUGUUGCGAACUGACCCCUACCUGUGCCUGUCACGCAUAUUGUUAAGUAUGAAUUUACCAUCGUUUGAUUUAAGUUUUUUUUAUAUUAAAUAUUUGAAUAUAAUUCAGUAUUGAAAUAAAUCAUUUCCCAAAAUGAG